UUAAGCAUCUCGUUUAAACUGAACGGAACUUUUGAAGCGCAAAGCAGGCGUGGAAAUCAAUUUCCUUGCGAUAUUCUGUAUUACAGUUAUUGAAUAUUUCAGUGUUAUUCCGAUUUUAAAAGCGUUAACACGCCCAGCUUUUUGGAUAUUUUUCAAAUUUUUAGUUUUAAAAAUUUUCGGCUAAAAUCCAUUAAUGAUAACUUAGCACACCCAACCAGUGAACCAUAUUUUAAUAUACAGCUUCAUUAAGAAAGCUGUACACUUGUUAUCGUAGCAGAAACAUUUUAAAAUUGUUUGAGAAAGAAACCAAAUACUAAAAAAUAUUACAACAUGAAUAAAUCGGAUGCAAACACACGCCAGGGCCACUACAAGGCCAACACUCUCAACGCGCAGGAAUCGCGCAUGCGUCGCCAUGAGGUGACCAUUGAGCUGCGCAAGUCGAAGAAGGAAGAUCAGUUGUUCAAGCGCCGCAACAUCAAUGAUGAAGAUCUAACCUCCCCCUUGAAGGAAAUUAAUGGGCAGUCGCCGGUGCUGCUGUCGGUCGAUGAAAUUGUGGCGGCCAUGAACAGCGAAGAUCCGGAGCGUCAAUUCGUGGGCAUGCAGCAGGCGCGCAAGAUGCUUAGUCGCGAACGCAAUCCGCCCAUUGAUCUAAUGAUUGGUCAUGGCAUUGUGCCCAUCUGCAUACGCUUCCUUCAAAAUACCAGCAACACUAUUUUGCAAUUUGAGGCAGCUUGGGCUUUGACUAACAUCGCGUCAGGCACAUCGGAUCAGACACGUUGCGUUAUCGAACAGAAUGCUGUGCCCCAUUUCAUAGCACUCCUGCAGUCGAAGUCUCUUAAUCUGGCCGAGCAGGCCGUUUGGGCACUGGGAAACAUUGCCGGCGAUGGCCCUGCUGCACGUGACAUCGUAAUCCAGCACAAUGUCAUCGAUGGCCUUUUGCGUUUAAUCAAUAAUGAGACGCCUCUGUCGUUUCUCCGCAACAUUGUUUGGCUGAUGUCAAAUUUGUGCCGCAACAAGAACCCAUCGCCGCCCUUUGAGCAGGUGAAGCGCUUGUUGCCAGUGCUGUCGCAAUUGCUGGUCAGCCAGGAUAUACAGGUUCUGGCCGAUGCCUGCUGGGCUCUGUCCUAUGUGACGGACGAUGAAAACAGCAAGAUACAAGCGGUCGUCGAUACGGAUGCAGUGCCACUUCUGGUGCGACUACUGCAAACCGAUGAGCCCAGCAUCAUUGUGCCAGCAUUGCGGAGCGUGGGCAACAUUGUCACUGGAACGGAUCAACAGACCGAUGUGGUUAUAGCUGCGGGUGGCUUGCCAAAGCUUGGGUUACUCUUGCAACACUCGAAGGGCAACAUUGUGAAGGAGGCUGCCUGGACCGUGAGCAACAUAACGGCUGGUAAUCAGAAACAGAUUCAGGCUGUUAUCGACGCAGGCAUCUUUCAGCAAAUACGCCAUGUGCUGGAGAAAGGCGAUUUCAAGGCACAAAAGGAAGCCGCCUGGGCUGUGACCAAUACCACUACUUCAGGCACACCAGAGCAGAUUGUGGAUCUUAUUGAGAAGUACAAGAUACUGAAACCAUUUAUCGACUUACUGGAAGCCAAAGAUCCAAGAACCAUCAAAGUGGUGCAAACUGGUCUUUCGAAUCUGUUUGCGCUCGCCGAAAAGCUGGGCGGCACUGAGAACCUGUGCCUAAUGGUCGAGGAGCUUGGUGGUCUCGACAAGCUAGAAGCAUUGCAGCAUCACGAAAACGUGGAGGUCUACAAGAAGGCGUAUGCCUUAAUAGAUACAUACUUCAGCACUGGCGACGACGAGGCCGAAAAGGAGCUGGCACCACAGGAGGUUAAUGGCGCACUGGAGUUUAAUGCCACGCAGCCCAAGGCACCCGAAGGCGGCUAUACCUUUUAACAAACUUUUAAAAUAAGUGCCAGCCAUCAAUACACAUACACACAUACUAACGCACACGAAACACAUACUAACACGCACACCACCACACGUAUACAGUUUUUUGUUCUUAUGCGACCGCGCCUACACAAUCUAAGAACACACUCCAUUAGUUUGUCACUCCUAAGCACACCGAACACAACUCAACAAACGUUCAAAAGGUAGGCAGAGGCAGAGGCAAAUCUUUGUUCAAUCCCCAUGCCUUUGCCUCCUCUAUGUACACACCCUUGUUUGUUGUGCAUUUCCGCAUUGUCCCGCAUGCGGCCAUGAAAACGCAUCUUAGGCGCGUUCUAUUUUUUGUUUUUGGCCUGUUAAACAAUCGCCACGUA